UUUAUUGAAGAUGACAUUAUUUUCUUUUAACAGGAAGGUACUUACAAUUGGAGGGGUUAUAAAUCAGCAUUAUUGAAAGGUUGUUGUCUUUCCAGACCAGGAUUCCUCGGCGUCUGGAGAUGACUGAAAGAUGCGGAUUUGAGAUUUUGGGUCACUGUCAGCGGCGCCCUGUAACCAGCCAGGCUGGGGCAGUGGGAGAUCAGAGUUUCACAGAGUUUAGCAGCUCUUUCUCAGCCAACCAGCCCCUGAAGCAGGCUGUCAUCCUGAGUGCCCAGUACGGUAUCAACGUGUUUGUGCUGGGCUUGGUGCUGAUGCUGGCGGGGACAUUUCACAGAGCCGGAGUGACCCAGGAACACAUCCUCGCCUACCUCAGCACCCUCAUGGCGAUACAACUGGCCUGGAUGCUCUGGUACUUCUCCAGAAGGCAUGGAAAAAGAGUGCUGCUCACCGAGAAAGAUGAACACGCCGGACCAAGGUGGUUGAGAGGGGGUUUAACCUUAUUUGCCACCUUGAGUUUAGUUCUGGAUAUGUUUAAAAUUGGAUACUACGUUGGAUAUUCAAGUUGUCUCACAGCCGUCAAAGGUGUCUAUCCUGCCAUCCACGCAGUGCACACUCUCUCACAGGUGUAUUUCCUUUGGUUCCAUGCAAAGGAUAUCAUUCAAGCUUUUCAAAUGAUAGGAAGAUUUGGAAUGAUUCAUUCUGUUUUUACGAACCUGCUGUUAUGGGUGAACAGUAUAAUUGCAGAGUCAAAACAUCAGUUAAAUGACCACAAAAAGAGACUUGCAGGACAUGGCUUUGCCAACUUAACUAUGGAAAAGGCUGGACCAAACUGCAGCUGUACUAUACAUGUAUGCGCUGCUUUCUACAAAGCCUCCUAUUACAUGUACCCUUUCAGCAUUGAGUAUCACGUUUUGGCCUCCGCUAUGCUCUACAUCAUGUGGAAGAAUGUCGGUAGAAAGCUGGAACAGCGCAGUCCUCAAAAACUGGUGUUUAAGACACGCCCCAAUAUUUUGCCAGGACCAGUUCUGGGAGCUGCCGUCUUCGCAACUACAAUAGGAAUUCUUGUUGUGUACAGCCUACAGGCGGGCCAUUCAAAAGAUCACCGACUAUCUGCUGUGACUAUGUUUUAUUUGUACAGUAUGAUAGUGCUUGGCUUAAUGUCUGCAGCAUCUACAACCGGCCUGGUCAUUUAUAGGAUAGACAAAAGGUCAAUGGAUUAUUCCAAAAAUCCCACGCGAAAGCUGGAUGGCCAGCUUCUGGCCAGUACUGCGUGUGCCUCCUGGCUGCUAUCCUGGUGCUCUGUGCUGGCGGCGGUUUCUGCACAAAGCCGUCCGCAUUUCACAUGGCUCAGUUUACCACUUUCCACUUUGGCUAUCAUUGAGAAAUCUGUGCAGAACAUGUUCAUCGUUGAAUCGCUCCAUCGCAAGCAGGAUGACGGGGAAGAGGAAGCCGGAAGAAUCAAGGGGACCAGUGACCGUCCUGGUACAUCACCCCCACGGUGUGGCAUUGUCAACAAAACGUUGGAGGGAGUAGAGCGAGAGCUGUAUUGCGAGACUGCUCCUCCACAAUCUCCAGAAGACCGAACCAGCUCGGUGUGCAGUGAGCAGUUACCAUCACCCCGAGCUGCCGGCUCCUUUCCUCCAGCCAGCUUCAGGAAGACGGGAAAUCUGCACAAAACCAGAGUGAUAUUGAAGAACAUCGUCGCGUUUCUGUUCUUGUGCAAUAUUUCGUUUUGGAUACUUCCAGCUUUUGGAGCCUGGCCCCAAUUUGACAAUGGAUUGGAAGAAAAUGUUUAUGGCUUUGAAGCUUGGAUUUUAAUUGUAAAUCUUACAAUGCCUUUUGCUAUUUUCUACCGCAUGCAUGCAUCUUCAGCACUUUUUGAAGUGUUCUGUGCAAUUUAACUAAUGUUUAACUUGCUUUAAUAAAAGGCAAAUAUUUGUAAGAUGAACCAAAUUAUUUGAUUUGAUUUUCAUGCACAAUAAAAGAUUUUCACUUGCUAUGAUCAUGAAUUUAAGGAAAUGUAUUUAUCAUGAAUGUAUAUAAAUGCAUUUUUAUAUUAAAGUAGUUAUAGUCAUAUUUUCACUAUGCUGAACACAAAGCCUGUGAUACUGUUCCAUAUUAUAUAAGAAAUGAUUUAAUGCUUUUUGUAUAGCCCUCUGUUUGCAGAGAAUAUUUGUAUAGCCCUCUCUAUAUAUGUAUAUGGUUGUAUCCUAUAAUGUUACACAAUACUGUUUCAGUUAAAUACCAUCAGCACACAAUAAUUGUAUCAAUUGUGUCUCAGCCUUAACCAGUCAAUAUUUUCAUUGUGAUCGCAUCAUGGCAGAAAACUGUGUGGGAGAGUGUGCUGAGUGGAAGAUACAGAAAUGCAUUGGUGAGAUUUGGAAAGGUUCAGUGAGUAGGCAAAUGCAUUGCAGAUGAAAUUAUAAUGUGGAUAAAUUUGAAGUUAUCCUCUGUGGUACCAAAAAACAAGAAGCAGGUUAUACUCUGAAUGGUGUUACUUCAGGAGCAGGAUGUGCAUCAAGACCUCCUUGCAAACCAGCCACUGAAAAUAAGCACGCAAGAGCAGCAGGAGGUGAAGAAGGUAAAGGAUGUGUUGACCUUUAUCAUGAGAGGAUUCAAACACACGAGAAUAUAUGUCUUUCUGCAAUUGGAUAGGACUUUGGCGACAGCACACCAAGUGUUGUGUUCAGUUUGGUCUUCUUGUCUGAGGAAGGAUGUUCCGACAACGGAGGGAGGUCAACAAAGAUUGACCACACUGAUUCCUGGAAUGGCAGAACUGAUGAUGGAAAGACUAGAUUGAUUAGGAUUAUAUUUACUAGAAUUUAGAAGAAUGAAGGGAGAAUCUCACAAAAAUACCUAUAAAUUAUUAGCAGGGCUGAAUAGGGCAAACGUAAGAGAGUGUACACGAUGAUUGGUGGGUUAGAGCCAGAGGUAAUAGCCAAAGGAUACAUAAUAGGCUCGUUAGGACUAAGAUAAGGAUAAAUUUAUUCAUCUAGAGUAGCGAAUCUAUGCAGUUCCCUGCCACAGUAAGUUUUCAGGUCAAGAUGUUAAACGUUUUCAAAAACAAGCUAGACAUAGUGCUUACAGCUAAAAGGACCAAAGGAUAUAUGGAAAAAGCGGAAACAAACUAAUGAGUUGGAUGAUGGCAGAGUACGCCAACGGCCUAAUGGUCUGCUCAUGCUCCUAUUUUUAUGUUGCUAUCCAGGUCUUUGUAAAGUUCAUAGAGAUUCCCAUACCAUGUGGGAUAUGGAAACUGACAAAUGAUAAAUAUUAUUAAUGCUGUGAUAUACGCAAACGACUCGCAUUUUAAAAGCCAGUUUCAUGGUUUUUGUUAAUAUUUUCAGUUUUGGAAUUCAUUUCACGUAUGCGAUAAAUAUGGUUUCUAUAGUUCAUAUAUAUUGUUUUGAAUUAAAGCAUCUGUUGACAAUGAAACUAAGAAGGAGAAUUUCUUGCCUCUGUGCUGCUGUACAGAACGAUUGUAAUCUCCUUAGCUGAUUGCAACCGGCAGAUGUUUUUUUUCCCCCGAAGUCUCAAUGGCCAAAAGGGACGCCGAUUUUGUGCAGCCUGUUUUUAGGACGCGAUUGGUGUUGGAGAUGGUUAAAACUGCUUUUGAGUCGAGAUUAAAAACAAGUUAAUCUCAGUAGAAGUGCCAUUCCUCUUACAUGACUGUUUUUGCUGUUCGUAUUUUACCUUGUAGUACAUCCCUUCUAUGUUAACCGGGUCUUUUUCAAAUUAGAGGAAUCAAAGACCGUUUCUACUGAAGGCAGUCAAAAUGGAGCUUAGUUUAUCAUCUAAACCUUAUGUAGCAAGCGGAUGAAGACGAGCAGAAAUUUAUGAUGAAAAUGAAAGCAGUUUUUCUUUAACUCCACAUGAUUUCUUCUCCCUUCAUAGUGAAUGCACAAACAGCACUAAAAUUCGUUAAUGCCACUUAAUUCUGCAGAUUACAAGAAGCACGCGUUACAGACUCGUUGACACGUGCAGUUCAAUUGCUGCUAUUUACAUCGGAUAGCGGCUUAACCCAUGUUAUAAAGUUUAAGAGAAAACCAGCUACCUUGUGCAGGCAAACUCUAUUUUAAACUCUGCAACUAGUUUGAUAAUCUCGUUUUUUUUGAACGACAGCGUUUGUGAGUCAGCCACAAUUUAGUGGUUUGCAGCUGGCAUUUCAAAGAUACUCGAUUGAUUUCUAUUCUAGGGCUUCAGCAGCACCAAUCUAGGUUAAUAUUGCAAUGAAUUAUUGAGAGUACUGCACUGUCAAGGGGCGCCAUCGCUCUGAUGAGACGCUAGUCUAGGGUCCCAUCUGUUCUCUGAGGUGGGUGUAAAAGUUCCAGGUCACUCGAAGAAAUAGCAAUGAAGUUAAUCCCAAUGUCUUGUCUAUCUUAAAUUAUCCCUCAACGUCACAAAACUAGUUGAUCAGGUCACAUCGCUAUUUGUGGGAGCUUACUGAACACAAAUUGGCUGCUACAUUUCCUACAAAAGUAACACAGUGUGAUGAUCACACUGAACAAUUUGAUGGUGCUUAUGCCUGUGGAGUUUGACCGUGUAUUACUCCCAUGGACUCCAUCUGUUGAGGAUUGCGCUGUCAGACGUAAGGUGAACACAUUCUCAGAUUGAGAAACAGCAGUGGGGAAUAAUGGGUGAUGCUGGAUAUAUUGGUGCUGCUCACACUCGUUGGAUUAUGACUGUCACAGUAUAUGUGUCUUCUAAAGGCUGCAAUCACUGUCCCAUACCCAACCAACCCCAAAUGUACUGCAACAUCAGCAUGUCACUGAAGUUAUGACAAACAUCAUCUUCUUCUCCUCUGACAACUGAGUGAGGCUGUCCCUGAGUAGCGCAAGAAUUUCCAUCUCAAGUCUGUCAUCUACAAUCUUCCAGUCCCAGCAUAUUUGUGCAACCCCCUAGCUUUGGUUUCUUUACCUGAUAGUGUUACACCCACAUUGGGAAUUGUUGAUGUUCAGUGGCAAGGGUACCUUAUUCUGUGUUUAACCCAUACAGUAUUAUAUUCUGAUAGCACAGUGAAAAGGAAGCCUCACUCUAUAUCUAACUUGGAUCCUUAGCAGCAGCUAAUGACAAUUUACCAGGGAGUGUACAGAAUAAAGCUCCAAACUGUUCCAUCAAAUGCUGCCUAUACAGGUACAGCAUGGGCUAGAUGCAUUAAAAAGAGUUGGCAGUUCUUUUUUUUAUUUUUCUCAUCUGAACAAUGAGAUUGCUACGUCUACGUCAAUAAAAGCUGUGAUCCACAUCGUCAGUUACUUCACCCCUUGUCAGGUCCUGAUUCACAAUUAUGCUUUCUCAAAAACAAUUCAAAAUUUUGAAAUUCCCUAUUUGGUUCUCCCUUCAGCUAAUGUACAUCAAUUAUUGGGGCGUUUCUUUAUUACUAUAAUAUCUCAUUUUUGCCCUCAUUCCGUUCAGUCUUUGUCCCACCUCUUCUAGAUCAUUUUUAAUCUCAUGUUCGGGUUUAGUACUAUGCAUUAUUACGUCACGUUUUGAUAUAAAUUCCGACUACACUUGGACGUUAAAUGUUCCUUUUGGUUUCCUUAGGUCGGUCUAAAUCUAAGACUUAAGAAGCUGUUAAAACAAAUUCGAACUCCAUCGGUUCAGUUAGGCUCAAGAAACGUUGACCUGUUUUCCCGUUAGAGUGCACUGGGUGGCGAUCGCCUGCUUCCACGCGGUUUUCAUUCAGUCCAUCAUAGCGGAACAAACUCGCAGCAGCCACAUACGUCGCUGGUUAAAUGUUGUUAGCGGAUCCCUUUAUGGCGAAGUCGGAUGCUAAAAUAAAAUCCACUGAGACCACAAGGUAUAGCCCGACGCCUAUACUGAAUACUCAAUGUUACUGUUAAUUACUAGGAGAGAGGGCUACCUUGACGAAUUGACAUCGGGAACAAAUAACCAGUAAUGAGUCAUCUGCCUAAAGUACCUUGACCACGUGCUUAUUGUGCAUGAGACAGAUCGGAUAAAGAUUGUUCGCAGGCUAUUCAAUGUGGCGGAGAGGGGAAGAAAUCUGAGCCCGAUCCCACCUUCAAUCAUCGCAUGGUCACACAUUUUCCAGCAAAAAAUAUUGAAGAGAAAUGGGCGAGGGAGCAGCAGGUCAAAGGUGUUGAGUCCAAUUGUACCGUCGAUUUUCCCAGGCUGACGCAGUGCAGAUCAGGGAUUGAAUCCCAGCUCAAUGUUCUGUACAGCACGUAAUGCUCAAGGACGAUAAGGCACUGGUACCGGCUGCCAGUGCAAACUGGUGCACCCAGGGAUUCAUACGUUUUAGGGUGACAUGAAAAGGUUUGUAAUUAUGUAUUCUUAGUAUGCACUGUAGUCACAUUCCAAGAGAAAAUAUUAAGUGUUAUAUGUUCCCGGCACGUAACUUUGCACUCGUUAAAAUUACUGAGCAGAAGUCUGUUGAGAAUUUGCCAAUUGCUCCUUAUACGAAAGGAGUAGGUUAUUUUGCAAAUCUUAUUUAUCUAAACUUUUGCAGCUUUUACAUACUUGCUGGGAAUGACCUGUUUCAUUCUUAAAAUUCAGGACUACCAAUACCAUUUUCCUGUUAUGCCAGUGGUUACAAGAAAAAAAAACAAUUGUGGUCAUAGAAUGAUGCAUUGCUGAAAGACACCAUUCACUCCAUUAUGCCAAUGCUAUCUCAUUGGUGGAGCAAUCAAAAGAGUGCCAUUCUUUUCCCAUAAUAAGAUUUUUUUUCAUGUUAGUAAAACAACUGUAGAACAGGGGUUAGAUUAGUUAAUUCUAUAUACGAAAAUCACCUGUAAAAGUUCUCGUCACCUCUUAAGUGAAGAAAAUUAAAGCACGUUUAAUGAUGUAAUGAAUAUUGCAUGACUCCCAUAAAAUAACCAAGAACAUGAACAUUUUAGCAGUUACUUCUUCAAAUAAUUCUUAGUACAAUUCUGUUCAGAGACAUACAAAGUUCCCUUUUAAGUCUUCUCCCAAGAUAGAGAAAGAAGUCAAGUUUUGUUCCUAACAACCAAAGCAUCACAACAUGCGGCACAAUACUUUAAAUUAUAGAUUUUCUUUUGAAAAAGUUAUAGAGCGUGGUAAUGGUGGUAAUACCUCAGUUUUUAUUGAAAACGGCUGUCAUUUUAAUGCCUUUAAAAUAACAUUUGAAGCGCAUCAAAGUCAAUAAUUAUUUUUCCUUAACAUUUUGUUCUGACAUCCCCAAUAUUUACAUAACUACUGAAUUCCUGCACAAAUGUCAUUAUUAUACUGUUAUCUUAUGAACAGCUAUUAUAGUGCCAAACAUUUCCUGUUCAAAAAGUCCUAAACUCUAUAAUUAUCCCAACUCCAAAAAUAUCAAGAGUGCUAUUGCUCUACUGUGUUGGAUGAGAAUGUUCUUCCAAUACCUCUUUCAUUUUGAAUAGGAUAUAAACAAAAGUUUGUCCUCUAAUAGCUGUUUGCUGUUUUGUUUCUAGCUUCUAGGCUCCAUCUGUUCAUUUCAAUCAUUUUGGUCUUGUAUAUUCCAUCAAUCCUUUGAAAAACAUUACCUCUCAUCUCCCAGUUGGAGAUAAACCAUCCGACAUAUUCUUGCUUCUCCCAAAAUCCCAUUGUAUUGAAAAUGAACUCAUUGCACCUUCCAACUCUAACAAUCUGUUUUGCCAGGACUUGGAACUUCGGAAUUUUAUUCUUUCUUCAGUCUUCCAAUUCACUUAUAUAUCUAGAUUUUUGAAAUUCAAGCUGUUGCCACCAGAUCACUAAUCCUAAUUACUCCUUAAUGCACUUUUCCUCACUUCAAUUUUGAGGCUGUGUCAUGUUAUGGACAUAACACCUUUUCUUUGCAACUUGAAUAAAAUAAUUCUUAUGUAAUUUAUUAAUAUUUGCUAAACACAUGAGGACAUUGCUGUUGAAGGUGUGCUUUAUAUCUCUCAAAUAAGCCAGUAAUAAAUGAACAGGUGACAAGAUUGUCAAAUAGCCAUAAAGCAGAGAGAGCAUUUUGGAAAAAAAUACCAUCUAGUUUACAGAGGGUUUACCACAUUUGGCAUAGCAAAUUUAGUUUGCACUUAGCGGCAGUUGCAAAGUUUACAAAUCCUGACAUUACUAGUACACGAUUUCCUUUCUCAAAUUGGGAAAUAUAGCUGUUAAACUUGAAAUUGCAUAGAACACAAUGCAAAUAUGCUUAACCAAUCUGUAUGAAAUUACUGCCAUUUUAAGAGAAGUAUUGUUUUCUUCUUAAAUAAACUAACAUUACAAAGUAAUUUUGUACAAGUGUGCUAAGUGUUUACAUUCUAAUACCACAUUGUAAUUUAUAUUAUUGUGUAAUAGUCUAUGUAUGAUAUCAAGUCUAUGUAUAAUAUCACAAUAAGAUUGAAAUUGUAAAAAAUAGUGAUGUAUCUGUUUGUAUAAUUCAAGAGUAUUGUAUGUGCCCAUUGAUAAAAGUCAACAAUUACACUUUCUUGGCGUGCAAGGAAUAAUAAAAGACCUUUGACAUCAUGGAUUUUGAAUACUAUUAUUUUUAUGCUUGGACAUGCUUCUGAAUUAAGUUCCUUUUUGAUAUUUUAUGUGAAAAAUGUUUCAAAUUGCAUCAAACCCAUUUUACAGCAAUACAGGCAGUAAUGGAGAAGAAAUCAUUAUACAACAAAAAACUCACAUUAGUAAUCUUCCAGUUCAUAAUCAGAGACAUUUGAUUUAUUGAGCAUUUCCAAUUCCAUCAUUUGCAGUCGUGAAUGUAGACCAAAGAUUUCAAUUUUGGAAUUGACUCCCUAAAUCUUUCUGCAUCUCUAAAUCCCUUUCCUCCUUUAUGAUAUACCUUAAAACCUACUGUUUAAAAAAAACAUUUCUUCAUUUGAUUUAAUAAUUCUAAGCAUGGCUUAGUGCCAUUUUUAAAAAGAAUUCUCCUUAAAAGUCUUAGGUACAUUUUAUUAUUUUAAAUAAUAAAAGAAGUUGUAAUAAACCACACAAAUCAUAAUGAUAUACAAACGUAGGAACAGGAAUAAACUAUUUUGCAAAUUGUGGUUAAUUAGUAUCUCAAAUUCAUUUAUCCAUAUUUGUUCCAUAUGUUUUGAUAAACCUACUGUCCAAAAUCCUAUUGAUCUUAGGCUUCACAUAUUUCAGUUGAUCCAACAUUCACACUUUUUUGCUGGGGGAGUUCUAAGUUCCUCUGUUCUUUGUAAGUAGAAACUGUUUCUUGAUGAGCUCUUAAAUUAGCCAGAUUUAAUUUGACGAUCAUGUCCUUUUGGUCCACAAAGCCCUGAAACCGGAAAGAGGUAUUUUAUAGUUGACCUAUAAAUUCUUUUAUCAUUUUAAUACUUCAAUUAAACAUAAGGAAAUAUAAUAUUAAUUCACAAUCUUUUUUUUGUAAUUUAAUCUGUUUUAUCUCGGAAACACUAUGGUAAAUAUGCACCGAACCCCUUCUCAGCCCACUAUCAAUUCCCUGAGUUUAUUGUCUAAAAUUGAACACAGGAAUCUGACCAAGGUAAUCUGAUCAAGGAUACAUGGAAAUAUAUAGAAUUUUACAACACAGGAACAGAUCAUUCACUCGAAAGAUAUUCUGGUGACUAUCUUCCACGGGUUUCCCAUACAUCCAAUAAAUAUGCUCUACUGUUCCUUUCUCCCUGAGGGAAAAAAACAUAUUAUAGUCUUUCUGUGAUUACAAAGUAUGUACUAACAGAAGAUGUACUAACUGCUAGAAGAUAUGAACAUGUAAUGAUAUUAUUGGAUAAUAUAAUCAUGUGUACUAACUUGGAAUGUAAACAAGUGGAUGUGAUUGGGUAGAAAUGUGCGUGAGUUAAUGUAUAGCCCUUUGAUUGGAUGCUUGUUAUCUUAAAAGUAGUAAAAAAAAUUGUUCUUGCAAUGCAAAUUUGAGAUGUAUGCCAUUUUUGGUUUGUACAUCUCCCAUGUAUGCAUGAAUAAACAU